AAAAAAAAGUCCACACCCUUGUUUGCGGCUAAACUAUUUAGUUUCCACCUUGUAUAUGAUGUGAACAGAGAAAUUAGGGUGUCUCAUUUGGGUGGUUACCGCCUUGGCAGUUGGCACUUUACGGUUGCCGACUUAAACUUUCAACUUUAGAAAAAUAAUUUUUAAUUAAUUCUGUAAUUUUCUUUUUACAACUUACAUGAUAUUAUAAACGUAAAUACGGGUGGUUCACUUCUGGCCUAAGUAAUAUAUAUAUAGCCAUAAUUGAAGGAAGCUUACAAGAUUAUUCAUUAACAUGGACAUGAAGUCCGUAGUAUUUGCUUUGUUCCUAGUCAUUUAUCUUCUCCAGGAUGCUAACAUGAUAUGUGCAAGAAAGGAGUUAGGUGAAUAUUGGAAAAACAUGAUGAUGGAGCAACCUAUGCCAGAAUCAAUUAAAGAGCUUAUUGAGGAUAGAGGAGGACUAGUCUCAUCAGAAUCAGAUGGUGGGAAGAACCGUUUUACUAGAGACUUUGAUAUAAAGCCUAAUGUCAUAUUAUAUCACACUGCUACUCACCAUAACCAUGAACCUCAGUUUAUGAUGAUACAGGAUCAAAUGGUUGAACAAAUAAAGUCAACAAACGAUGAAAAAGGGUUGAAUUGAAGAUCCUGCCUUAUAUGCUAAUCAUAGAGACAGAGCACACAUACACACACACAUACAUCUAGAUGUACAAUAUGUUUGAUUCAUCAGACAUUUAUUAGUUAGUUUAGUAGUUAUUAUACCUAUAUGUUUUUAUAUUUCUUUGGUUAUCUCUAAUUUUCUUUGCUGCAUUCAUUUUUGGUUUCUGUAGGAUUUUGAACAGAGAAACAUACAUGUAUGUUGAUCACUUCAAUAAGUUAGUUGUUAAUCGUGAUAUAUUAAAAUUUUAGCUUUUAUUUCUCAGAAUCUCCGGAAAUUGAAAGACAUAUGCUCUUUGUUUAA